AUGAUUCUUGGCUCGACAGGCCACGGGACGCGCGGCGCGACAAAGCGCGCACAAGCAGCAGUCAGUCAGGUAAAUCCAGAAGCUGGUGAGGACGUCGUGAGUGCGGCGUUUGAACGUGACCCGCAGGACUAG